AAGGGAAGCUCGUUUUAGAAGGCUGGACAAAUAGCUGGAAUUCCGUUUCCGUUCCUGUUCCUGGGAUUUUACUCACUCCCUCAGCGGGGAAAAUCGCAUAUUAUUUACACUUUUCUGACCUUGGUUGUUUGUUUGAACCGAUGGCGUCUUCCCCGCAGAAAUCUCCGUCUUCUCCAAAGUCGCCAACUCCAAAGUCUCCGUCCUCCAGAAAGAAAGAUGACUCAUUUCUGGGGAAACUUGGUGGGACUCUGGCUAGGAGAAAAAAGGCGAAAGAAGUAUCUGAGCUGCAGGAGGAGGGGAUGAACGCCAUUAAUCUCCCCCUGAGUCCCACACCUUUUGAGCUUCAUCCUGAGGACAUCAUGCUAGAGGAAAAUGAAGUCCGCACCAUGGUGGACCCCAACUCAAAAAAUGACCGAAAACUCCAGGAACUCAUGAAGGUGCUCAUCGACUGGAUCAACGAUGUUCUGGUUGGGGAAAGGAUCAUCGUGAAGGACCUGGCUGAAGAUCUCUAUGAUGGGCAGGUUCUCCAGAAGCUCUUUGAAAAGCUUGAAGGUGAGAAGCUGAAUGUUGCAGAGGUGACUCAAUCUGAGAUUGCCCAGAAACAAAAGCUGCAGACGGUUCUGGAGAGGAUCAAUGACGCUCUGAAGGUCUCCACCAGGAGCAUCAAGUGGAAUGUCGACUCGGUUCAUGCUAAGAGCAUUGUGGCCAUCCUUCACCUGUUGGUGGCGCUCUCACAGCACUUCAGAGCCCCCAUUCGCCUCCCUGACCAUGUGUCCAUUCAGGUGGUUGUGGUCCAGAAACGAGAGGGCAUUCUUCAGUCCCGUCAGGUUAUGGAGAAGAUCACUGGCAACACGGAGGCAUUAUCUGGCAGACAUGAGCGGGAUGCGUUUGACACCUUGUUUGAUCAUGCUCCUGACAAGCUGAAUGUGGUGAAGAAGACUCUAAUCACCUUCGUCAACAAACACCUGAAUAAACUGAACUUGGAAGUAGCUGAACUGGACACACAGUUUGCAGACGGUGUGUAUCUGGUCCUGCUGAUGGGACUUCUGGAAGGAUACUUCGUCCCCCUCUACAACUUCUUCCUGACGCCUGAAAAUUUUGACCAAAAGGUUCAUAAUGUGUCUUUCUCCUUUGAGCUGAUGCAGGACGGUGGCUUGGAGAGGCCCAAACCCAGGCCUGAAGAUAUUGUGAAUUGUGACCUAAAAUCAACACUCCGAGUUCUUUACAACCUUUUCACCAGGUACAGACAUGUGGAAUGAUCUAAAACGGGAAAUAUGUCUAUGUGGACCGCUAUUUCGAGUUUUAAUGAGGCUGACUGACAAAAUAUGCUGUUCAUUUUUUUGGAGUAUUGUACAAUACUAAUACUAAUAAUUGUGUCUUUUAAGUAUUUUUUUUCUUUUCAUCUAGAUGGAUGUAAAAACACUAAAGAAAAUAACACUAUGCAUAUAAAUGUUUUUGAUAACAGCAUUCCAUUCCUCAGAUGAAGCGUCAAAGGCAUAAGUUCGCCUUUUACCUGUGGAAAUGCAAUUAGCAGUAUAAUCCGUUUGAAACAUAUUAAUCCUGAAGUGCCUAAACAGACGUAUGAGAGAAAAUACCCAGCUUGCAGACUUGCACUACACAUUAUAUCACAUAAAACACUAUAUUAUCUUGCUUCACAGUAUCAGCUCUUUUACAAAGUCAAGCCCAGCAGCUGUGUUAGAUUUAAGGCAGCUGUUUCCAAGUCGCUGUUUGACCAAAUAAUUAGUUUAGUUGUAAUGAGUUGCUGUUUCACUGCAUAUCUUAAUUUUUGAAGGCUUAGUAUUGAUUUCUGUGCUAAUGUUUUUAUAACUGUCUGCACUUGCAUAGCUUAUCUGAAUCAACCAAAAAUGUUUUUACUCGCAUGCUGUUUUCACACAUAUCUGGCGCAGUUUGUUGUUUUGAAGAACUCUGAAACCCGAUAGUAAUUUAUUUAUUUUCUUACAUCUUAAAACACGGUAACUUGGAUCACUAUUGGGGGGAAAAAAGUAUUUAAACUGAAAGACAGUAGUGCAACUUUUAUGUUUGUGGAAACUAUAAAAAAAAUAAAAUAAAAUACUUUUUUUAUACCUUUUUGAUGCAAUUUUGUUGCAGUAGAGUCAUUUGUAAAAUUCAAUGUCCAUGUUUUAUCUCCACCUGAAAAAUGUUACAAAAUCUACAUUAAACAUGGAUGAUCGUCUAGCCCACUGUGAUUGUCAGA